UAACGUGACUUCCUGUACGUGGUUCGAGCGAAUCAGCAUCAUGGUGAUCCUGCUGAACUGUGUGACUCUGGGAAUGUACCAACCGUGUGAGAACAUCGACUGCACCUCUGACCGCUGCCAAAUCCUACAGGCAUUCGAUGCAUUUAUUUACAUCUUCUUUGCGCUGGAGAUGGUGGUGAAGAUGGUGGCUCUGGGGAUCUUCGGCCGUCGCUGUUACCUUGGCGAUACGUGGAACAGGCUGGACUUUUUCAUCGUCAUGGCAGGGAUGGUAGAAUACUCUCUUGAUCUCCAGAACAUCAACCUCUCCGCCAUCAGGACAGUGCGAGUACUCAGACCACUCAAAGCCAUCAACAGAGUUCCCAGCAUGCGGAUCCUGGUGAACCUUCUACUGGACACUCUGCCCAUGCUUGGGAAUGUGCUGCUUCUCUGCUUCUUUGUCUUCUUUAUCUUCGGCAUCAUUGGUGUGCAGCUGUGGGCAGGGCUUCUGCGCAACCGCUGCUACCCCGAGGACAACUUCACACUUCCGUUCGGAGUGACACUCCCCACUCCCUACUACCAACCUCAGGAGGACGACGAGCGGCCCUUCAUCUGCUCGUUAGCACCGGAUAAUGGGAUCAUGUCCUGCUCGGACAUUCCUCCGCUCAGGGAGGGAGGGACAGAGUGCUGUUUGGAUAAAGAAGACGCUCUCCAGGCCCUUGGAUCAGAACUGCUUUCCAAUGCCAGCUCCAUGGGGCUCUGCGUCAACUGGAACCAGUAUUAUACCCGCUGUGUGACUGGAAACAGCAACCCCCACAAGGGCGCCAUUAAUUUCGACAACAUUGGCUACGCUUGGAUUGUCAUCUUUCAGGUGAUCACAUUAGAAGGCUGGGUGGAGAUCAUGUACUAUGUGAUGGAUGCUCACUCAUUCUACAACUUCAUCUACUUCAUCCUGCUCAUCAUCAUUGGCUCGUUCUUCAUGAUUAACCUGUGCCUGGUGGUCAUCGCUACACAGUUCUCGGAGACGAAGCAGCGAGAACAUCAGUUGAUGCAGGAGCAGCGAGCUCGCUGUCUGUCCUCCAGCACGCUGGCAUCUCUUACCGAGCCGGGCGACUGCUAUGAGGAACUCUUCCAGCUGGUGUGUCACGUCCUGCGCAAGGCUCGGCGCCGCUCCGUCGCCCUCUACUACACGCUCCGGGGUAAAGUUCCGCCUCCUGGGGGAGGGCGGAGCCGGAGAAGAGGAGGGGUCAAAGCUAACGGAGGCGAGAAGAGGCAGUGUCGCUCUACUCAGGUGUCUCGCUGUCCUCACCACAGUAAAAUGGAGCACAGCCCACAGCCUCUAGAUAAUUCUAUCCCUCUUUCAGUUCCUCCUAACCCUGAAGAUUGUCCUGAGUGCACCGCCCUGUCAAUCAGGGAGGGGACGGGGCCAGGGGCAGACUCAGCCAAUGGCGAGGAAGGAGAAGAAGCAUUGGAGGAGACAGACCGGGAGGAGAACCACUUAGAAGAGAGAAUAGAGGAGGACGAGGAGGACGAGGAAGAGGAAGAGGAUGAUGAAGAAGUGGAUGGUCAGAAGAAGAAAAAGAAGAAGAAAAAGAAGAAGAGGCGGUCCUGCUUUAGGAAAGCUAAGGACUUAUGGGAUGAGAUGAGAGUGAAAUUGUGGAGCAUCGUGGAAAGCAAAUAUUUCAACCGUGGAAUCAUGAUUGCUAUCCUCAUCAACACCAUCAGCAUGGGCAUCGAACAUCACAACCAGCCUGAUGAACUCACCAAUGUGCUGGAGGUCUGCAACAUCGUCUUCACCAGUAUGUUCACAUUGGAGAUGAUCCUCAAACUCACGGCAUUUGGUUUCUUUGAGUACCUGAGGAACCCGUACAACAUCUUUGAUGGCAUCAUUGUCAUCAUCAGUGUGUGUGAGAUCAUCGGUCAGUCUGACGGCGGUCUCUCAGUGUUGAGGACGUUCAGGUUGUUGAGGGUGAUAAAGCUGGUGCGCUUCAUGCCGGCUCUGCGCAGGCAGCUCGUCGUUCUCAUGAAGACCAUGGACAACGUGGCCACCUUCUGCAUGCUCCUCAUGCUCUUCAUCUUCAUCUUCAGUAUUUUGGGAAUGCACAUAUUCGGCUGUAAGUUCAGUCUGAAGACAGAAGCUGGAGAUACGGUUCCUGAUCGGAAAAACUUCGACUCUCUGCUUUGGGCCAUUGUUACUGUGUUUCAGAUCCUGACUCAGGAGGACUGGAACAUGGUUCUGUAUAACGGCAUGGCCUCCACGUCUCCUCUCGCUGCUCUUUACUUCGUGGCAUUGAUGACGUUUGGGAACUACGUCCUGUUCAACCUGCUGGUGGCCAUCCUGGUAGAGGGGUUUCAGGCAGAGGGUGAUGCUAACAGGUCAUACUCGGACGAUGAUCGAUCCUCCUGCAACUUUGACGAAAAGGAAAGAGAGAAAGAUCCUCUCCAGCUAUCCGAUCCUAAAAUCUGCACUCUGACCCCUAACGGACAUCUGGACCUGGCACCGAUGCCCAACGCCCUCGGAGUUUACCCUGCUGAGCGACUAAGCUUCGCUCUGGGCUCCAGAAAGAGCAGCGUGAGUUCCCUCGGGAGAACCGGUCUGGAGCAGAGGACUCUGUGUCCAGGAGGAGGAGGUUCUCUGUACAGUUGGACUCGUCCGGUUCCUCAGGGCUCGUGGAGCCGCAGGUCGAGCUGGAACAGUAUGGGGCGGCUGAGUCGGAGCGUGGGGGUGGGCACAGGGGGCAGUCUGAGGGUGCGAGGCCCUCAGUCAUACCAAGCUGAGCAUGAAUCCCUCCUUUCUCCUCCUCUACACCCUCAUCCUCCUCCACCGCUCUUCUCCAGACAUUUCGUCCCCUGUAGGGAUCGUCGCGCUCUCUCUCUGGAGCUGCCCGAGCUUCUACAGGUCCCCGGUGCGCCGCCCACAUCGCUGCACUCACACCAGCGCAAGAAAAGCUUCUCAGGAGGACCAGCGGGCACGGCGGAGCAUCAGGACUGCAACGGCAAGACGCCGGCAGUUCAGCAGCAGAUCCUCAGUGAAGUUUAUCCACAAGUCAACACUCGCAAAGACAGAGACGACCUGGAGGACGAGAUUGAUUACAGUUUGUGCUUCAGGAUCCAGAAGAUGAUUGAAGUUUAUCGUCCUGACUGGUGUGAGACGAGAGAGGACUGGAGUGUUUUCCUCUUCUCCCCUCAGAACAAGUUCAGGUUGAUGUGCCAGUCCAUCAUAGCCCAUAAGCUGUUUGACUACGUGGUGUUGGCCUUCAUCUUCUCCAAUUGCAUCACUGUGGCUCUGGAGAGACCCAAAAUCCUCCAGGGCAGUUUGGAAAGGCUUUUUCUCACCAUCUCUAAUUACAUCUUCACUGCUAUCUUCGUGGGUGAGAUGACUCUAAAGGUGGUUUCAAUGGGGUUAUACCUGGGUGAUCAGGCGUACCUGCGCAGCAGUUGGAAUGUCCUUGAUGGUUUUUUGGUUUUCGUCUCGUUGAUUGACAUUGUGGUGUCGAUGGCAGGCGGAGCUAAGAUCCUGGGGGUUCUAAGGGUUCUCAGGCUUCUGCGCACACUGCGCCCUCUCAGGGUGAUCAGUCGAGCUCCUGGCCUCAAGCUCGUAGUGGAGACUCUGAUUACGUCUCUGAAGCCCAUUGGGAACAUCGUUCUCAUCUGCUGUGCUUUUUUCAUCAUCUUUGGUAUCCUUGGAGUCCAGCUUUUCAAAGGAAAAUUCUUCUAUUGCCUGGGUCUGGAUGUCAGAAACAUCACCAACAAGUCUGACUGCCUGCUUGCCAAUUACAAGUGGGUUCAUCACAAGUACAACUUCGACAAUCUGGGACAGGCCCUCAUGUCCCUAUUUGUCCUCGCAUCCAAGGACGGUUGGGUCAACAUCAUGUAUCACGGUCUGGAUGCAGUCAGUGUGGACCAGCAGCCGAUCAUCAACAACAACCCAUGGAUGCUGCUGUACUUCAUCUCCUUCCUCCUCAUCGUCAGUUUCUUCGUGCUCAACAUGUUUGUGGGUGUGGUGGUGGAGAACUUCCACAAGUGCCGACAGCACCAGGAGGUGGAGGAGGCCAAAAGAAGGGAGGAGAAGCGACUCCGGCGCAUGGAGAAGAAGAGACGGAAAGCCCACAAGUUGCCAUAUUACGCCAGUUACAGUCACGUCCGCCUGAUGAUCCACAACCUGUGCACCAAUCACUACCUGGACCUCUUCAUUACCUUCAUCAUCUGUGUGAAUGUGGUGACCAUGUCUCUGGAGCACUACAGUCAGCCUCAUUCUCUGGAGAUCACUCUCAAGUACUGUAAUUAUUUCUUCACCAGCACCUUUGUGCUCGAGGCCGUGCUGAAACUCAUCGCAUUUGGCUUCCGACGCUUCUUCAAAGACAGGUGGAAUCAGUUGGAUCUGGCUAUAGUUCUGCUCUCAGUCAUGGGCAUAACACUGGAGGAGAUUGAGAUCAGCGCCGCUUUACCCAUCAACCCCACCAUCAUCCGCAUCAUGAGGGUUCUGCGCAUCGCUCGUGUGCUGAAGCUGUUAAAGAUGGCGACCGGGAUGAGAGCUCUGCUGGACACAGUGGUACAGGCUCUACCUCAGGUGGGAAACCUCGGCCUCCUCUUUAUGCUGCUCUUCUUCAUCUACGCUGCGUUAGGAGUGGAACUGUUUGGAGAACUUGUGUGUAAUGAGGAUUAUCCGUGUGAGGGGAUGAGUCGACAUGCCACCUUCGAGAACUUCGGCAUGGCAUUCCUCACACUCUUCCAAGUGUCCACGGGUGAUAACUGGAACGGCAUCAUGAAGGACACGCUGCGUGAGUGCCCCUCAGGCGAGUAUAGCUGUAACCCGAGCCUGCAGUUCAUCUCUCCACUCUACUUUGUGAGCUUCGUGUUGACGGCGCAGUUCGUCCUCAUCAAUGUGGUGGUGGCUGUGUUAAUGAAGCACCUCGACGACUCCAACAAGGAGGCACAAGAGGAGGCCGAGAUGGACGCUGAGAUCGAAAUGGAGCUAGCACAUGGUGCUCUCUGCUGCAUGGGAGGUCUGGCUGGAGCUGGAGGAGGAGCUGUAGGUGGAGCUGGAGCUGGAGGAGGAGGGAAGAGAGGAGGUGAAGGAGAGAAGCAGGGAGGUGGAGGAAGUGGAGGAAGCUCUGGAGCUGCACCACAUUCACCAGGAGAACAUAAAACUAACAGCUCCAACAAACUGUACUCACCUGUACAGGAGAACAUAUGGCUGGACAGCGUGUCUCUGCUUAUUAAAGACACGUUUGAUGGAGAGGUGUUAUUGAUUGACAAGCUCUCGGGCUCCGUCUUCCAUCACUACUCGUCUCCAUCAUCAUGUAAAGACUGCAAGAGUCACCCGGAGGAGAUCCACAUGGCUGAGCUGGAGCGAGCGUCUCUGAGAUCAGAGCAUAUCUCAGACGUAUCUUCCUCACCAGUGCGCCCUGAUGAGAUUGUCCUGGACGAGCAAAAUGUUUUGCAGGUGAGCUUCAGUGCUGAAAGACAACAUAAUUUGUCGGAGCUCACAGAAACAAUACCUACCGAAGUCUGUAUUUCAUAUAUCAAAAAUCCAGAAAAACCCUAUUUGUUUUUUUUUAAACUGUGUAGAAAACUAACCUAAAUUCGUUUAAUCCG